AUGGCGGGGAGUGAUCCGUGGCGGACGGAUCCGCGCCACGGAGCAGGUGGCGAUCUUGGGUACCGCCAAGAGACGGGAGCGUACCGCUCGCCGGAAGCAAGCUAUCGUCGUCGCGAAGAUCGGAGUCGCGGGCGAGGCUUGGAGGGACUAUUUUCGGGCCGAGAGGGAGACCUCAACGCCGGCGGAGGAGAGGACGACGCGGCGGAUACCUCGCAGGAGUUUGAGCGCGAUGACGUGGCAGAGGCCGGCGACGAAGUCCGGAAGGAGGACGCAGGCGGGCAGCGCGACAUGCCCGUGGAAGCAACGGAGGCAGACCCUGCGCCAGGCGAGGCGGAAAAGGCAGGCGAAGGGGAGACGGGCGGAACUGGUGGCGGACAAAGCGCGCGAAGGGAGGCGCACGUUUCCGGGAAGCAGGCGUAUGGCGGGGAGCAGGGCUGCGACGCGCCGCACUCGCCAGAUCCGCGUCAGCAGCAUGACGGAAAGCGGGAAAGCGGUCCGCGCGCGCCAGAUCUGCACCCGCAUCGUGACGAGAGGCGAGGAGACGGAUCGCGUUCGCCUGAUCCGCGUCAGCAUCGUGACGGAAGGCGGGGAGGCGGGUCGCGCUCGCCGGAUCCACGUCAGCAUCGGGGCGGGAAGCGGGGAAGCGGGUCGCGCUCCUCGGAUCCGUGGAGAUAUCGCAGCGGGAGGCGGGGAGGCGGGUCGCGCUCACCGAAUUCGUAUCAGCCGCAUCACGGGGCGCGGGGAAGCGGGCCACGCUCGCCAGAUCUGCGCCAGCGUCGUGAGGGAAGGCAUGGAGGCGAGUCGCGUUCGCCAGAUUCGUAUCGGCAGCAUAGCGAGAGGCGGAGAGGCGGGGUGCGCUCGCUAGACCCGUAUCAGCAACACGAAGGAAGGCAGGGAAGCGGGCCACGCUCGCUAGAUCUGCGCAAACAUCAUGAGGGGAGGAGGGGAGGCGAUUCGAGCUCGUCUGAUCGAUCGGCGAGGAAAGAUGGGUGGGGAGGAAAGGCGAUGGGAAGCAAGGCAGGAUCAGCAGAGAAGCAGGGGUGUGGGCAGCGGUUUGGCGAAUAG